AUGGGAUUGGCUAUGGAGCUCAAGUACGAUCAUCAAAAAUCGAUGUCACAGGUCGACCUCGAGCACGAGCGACUUGUAGCCGAGGUGCCGGAAAUUACCAAGAAAGAUAUUUUACAGAGAUACCUCUUUUUCGUCGAUGAUUAUCCGACUUAUCCGUGCGAACACGGGACUGCAAGUCAUCUAGCGGCUAGCGCGAAUAAUGAGCGCCAGGGAUUGUUGGAUUCACCUGGGUCAUGCGAACACUCAUGUGCGAGCCCUGAACAGCUCGCUUUCGCAAAAGCCCAUUCGCUGAUGAGCCGCCUUAUCCGUUACUUCGAGGUGCUCAUCCAAGCGCCGGGCCGAAUUCGCUUACUUGUCUUCCUCCUUGAAGGCUUAUGGCGCGAAGCCGUGGAAACGGAGGUAACCAACAUCUCCUUGAACUUUUUGGCCGCGUCCGGUACGCACGAGCCGGACCUAAAAAUCCCAAACGAGCGCGUCGCCAUCGAGAGACGCCAAAAACAGCUGCACCACGCCAGCGUCAACGUCCUUCCGGGCUACGUUGUCCAGUCGCCGCCGAACUUCGACGCCGUGUGCUGGGGACUGAAGCUGGACAGGCAUCGCAUACCACACGAACUCGACCUGCAAUGGCACGGCGUCCUUCAAAUGAAAUUGUCCGAUCUGGACCCGGUUUUGAUGGAGCUGGCCUCAGAACUGUGGGAGUGGGAUGGCUUGGAAGAUGACGUUGUAAAUCGCCCGAAAAGCUACAGAAAACGGAUAAACGAAUUAAUUCAGCGUCUAGAGGCCUCAGCGGCAUUUCAGAAGCAGCCGCUCUGGUGGAAUCAGAUUCCUGGCGUGGUGGACCUU